AUGCAAAGCCAUGACGACUUGGAACCGACUGUACGAAUCCGCGAAUUGAAAAAGGACAGGGUCAACUUCGUUUUGGGAAAUGUGGACCUUGCGUUUGCAAACUCAUUGAGGAGAGUUAUGAUGGCAGACAUUCCCACUGUUGCUAUUGACAUGGUUGAGAUCGAGAUCAAUACAACCGUGCUUCCCGACGAAUUUAUCGCGCACCGCCUAGGCAUGGUACCUCUUUUGAGCUCGAAUUGCGACGAAGCCAUACGCUCCACGAGAGACUGUACUUGUCUCGCCGGAUGUUCGUUCUGCGCAAUCAUGUUGGUCUUGAAUGUCGGUUGCCACGAUGACACGACAAUGGAAGUGACGAGCGCCCACCUCGAUGUCAUUCCUUACCCUGAAGAGAAUCUUGAUACCUCAGAUUCUGGAGAGGAAUUGUCCAAGAGAGGGGAGUAUUUUGGCCACCCUGUUGGAAAAAAUGAACCUGGAGUUGCCCCCAUUUUGAUAUGUAAAAUAAGAAAAGGGCAGGAGCUGAAAGUUAAAUGCGUGGCAAAGAAGGGUAUCGCAAAGGAACAUGCCAAGUGGUCCCCGUGUUCUGCUGUAUCUUUCGAAUAUGAUCCAUAUAAUAAGCUGCGACAUACAACAUAUUGGUUCGAGACCGACGAGAGAGGGGAGUGGCCCAUGAGCGACAAUGGGAAAGAAGAAGAACCACCGAGAGACGAUGAACCUUUCGACUUCAAUGCCAAACCUAACAAGUUUUACUUUGAGGUCGAGACUGACGGUAGUCUGGGACCACAAGAAGUUGUUAUGAAGGUACUCCACAAGCUUCGUAGGACUUACAGCAAAUUUAUCACUACUGUAGGGCCUAGCAGAACUACAGACAAAGUUGGCCAACCUCAUUCUAGGACUCAAAACACAGCCAGAGGUUGA